CAAAGAAUGUCAAUUUAGAAUGUGGCUGAUGCAACACUCGCUAUUUUUAGCGAUUACCUAACCAAAAAUUAAAUGCUAGCCACCCACGUGGCUCUACCAGGUUGUCUAGACUAGACGUGCGUACCCCAUCUAUAUUCUAUAUUCAAUGUCUGCUGCUGAAGAUAUUCAUGGCGGGGAGGCUAGCUCUCUGUGGCCAGAGGACACUGUUGAGUACAGGAUCUAUACCACAGCAACUCAGGAUGAUCUAACUAAGCUUGCUGUAGAAUGCACACACUUUGCUAAGCAGCGUACGAGAGGUCAUUUAUGGAAUUAUGGGACAUUUGCAUUACAAGUUCGGAGGGGUGGUCCCGGCUAUCCUGCGCAUUUGCAUGGGAGGACCUGCUUUAGAGAUAACAUUGAAGACGAAUGGUUGAUUGUGUCCAUUCUGUUUGCACUCAGCAAGCACAAUGCAAAUCUCGUUAUCAGUGUUGCCGAUGGAGACGGGGAGUUUCUACUGAUCCAGUCGGCCCAUCACCUGCCAAAGUGGUUGAAGCCGGAGACUGCAACAAACCGCGUUUACAUUCGCAAUGGACAACUACACAUUAUUCCCAAGCCCAGCUCUCCGGCCGAUAUCGUACGGCUACCGGUCGCCAUGCUAACUAUAGAGGAGGCUAUAAAGGUUGUGACGGACCCCACCAUUUCCACUGUCGCCAGUGAAAGAGUACAGAGUUCGAUACAAUCAAAAAUAGAGCGGUUCUCAGGAUCUCUAGACUUCCUAUACCACCGUGCUAAUGUUCACCUCCCCCUCCCCGCGGCUCAUGUGAUAUCACAUGAUCCCCAGCUCCUGGCCGCUGCCGUACAUGCCCUGUGUGAUCGAGACCCCACAGACUCGAGCCUUGCACGAAGAAACACUCUCUCCAUUCUCUCUCCUCUCACCCACUCUUCAGUAACUGUGUGCAUUCCCUUCACUAAGCUACUCUAUGCCAAGCUAGUACACGAACAGUACAGUCCUCCACGUAACUGUGGCUUCACUGUAUUGCCCCUCGGAGACCCCCAGCAUAGGUCACAUGACCUAGGAAUGAAAUUGACGUGUGGUCUUGAGAUGCUUGUGGGACGUGAGGGGGUGUCUUCGUUAGGCCCUGAGGGCAUCCUCCUGUCAGAGGGGGGAGAGAGGUGGUCUGCAUUUGUGGCCAGUCUAAAAGAGAAAGGAUAUUUCCGGGGGGAGCUGGAGGGUUCGAAAGUUCACCAGCUUCUUAUGACAUCUGCAAAAGAGUAUUUUGUACAGAGCUCAAAGAUGGAGGCAACAGAAGAGAAAACAGAAGAUGUACGGUCUACUGCUGGCCGGAGAGUUGCUCACAUCGCUCAAAAUGUACCUUACACAGAGGAAGAGCUCCGAGAAAAGUGGGCAGAGCUUCCACCACCAGAUGAGAAUGAGGAUUGGUUGGAACUGACUCCUCAGUUGUUGGAGGAGAUGCUCACUCACUCAGCAGGUUACCCCUCAGAACAGGGGGCGGAGUCUUAUAAUGAGGACCAUACAGAGAGGUCAAAGGUCACUGAAGAGUCGGGGGAACUUGAUCUCCAAUCACUCGUGUUUGGAAUGCGAUCAUUUGUGGACAAAGUGUCGUCUCACACUGGAGCCGAGUUUCCAUGGAGUGUGGACGAGCCUUCUACUGUGAACUUUGACCCUGACUCGUUUCUAAGCACUCUACAAAGCAUGCUUGGAGAGUCUAACGUUGCCAAGCAACCAUCUCCUGACCCUGAGGACAGUCUGAGCGACGAUGACCUCUCCAUCAGCAGCGAAGAGGGUGUGGCUAGUGAUGAAGAGGGUGUGGCUAGCGAUGAAGAGGGCGGGGCUAGUGAGGAAGGUAGACCCAGUAUAGCAGAGCUCAUGGCUGACAUGGAUCUAGAAAUUGCUAACACUGAGCUUGGCAAAAGCUUUGAAAAAGCUAAGAUUGCCGAGAAUAGGAGGUCAGAAGAACAAGAAGAAAACCUUCAGCCUGUGGACGUUGAUUUAAACCUAGUCAAGAACCUGUUAGACUCGUACAGCUCACAAGGGGGAGGGGCCGGCCCCGCCUCCAACAUUCUAAGCUCGCUAGGUGUACAUGUACCCGAACAAUCACACGAUAACUGAACAAUCACUUAAUAAUUAUUAUUAUGUUGUGUCAACUCAAUUUGCAAUUAUUAUUAUUCAUA